AUGGCUCUCCUUCAAUACCAUGCGCCUGUCGACUACGCGGCGCAGUUGGAUUCCUUCAAAGACUUCCUGCAACAUUUUAAAAGUUUCGAAUCGGCUUCGGAAGCAGCUGCCACCGAGGCUAUCGAAGAUCUGCGCAUUGAUGAAGAUGGCACCAGCGACGAAUAUGACUUUAUGGAUGAUGUGGAUGAGGCAAACGGGGGAGGAGCACGCCGCCGGCGCCGAGAACCGAAGCUCAAAUACAUGCAGAUAUUGCAGGACAUAGCAGACCGGGAGCGGACGAAUGUUUUGAUUGAAUUGGAUGACCUGGCUACAUACGAGAAAUCUCUUCCCGAAGACACAGACUUGAAGCUUGUGGAAUCCAUACAGCAGAACACCAAGCGCUAUAUCGAUGUUUUCUCUCAAGCGGUUGAUGCGAUUAUGCCUACGGAGACGAGGGAGAUCACCUUCAAGGACGAUGUUCUCGAUGUCAUUAUGUCGCAACGUGAAAAGCGAAAUGAGGCCAUGGCCAUGGCCAUGGAGGCCGACGCGGAGGCGGCAGCCACUCCCGCCAUGUUUCCUCCCGAAUUGACGCGCCGGUACACCCUCAACUUCAAGCCUCUUACUCCAUCUGGGUCAAGUAGCGAGCGGGACUCCAAGGCCCUUGCCGUUCGAAAUGUGCGCGCAGAGCAUCUGGGUAGCCUGAUCACAGUUCGCGGCAUCACUACCCGAGUGUCGGAUGUCAAGCCAUCGGUUCAGAUCAACGCUUAUACUUGUGACCGGUGCGGAUGUGAGGUGUUCCAGCCAGUGACCACCAAACAAUUCCUUCCAAUGACGGAGUGCUUGUCACAGGAAUGUAAGCAGAACAACUCGAAGGGUCAACUGUUUCUUUCCACUCGUGCUUCGAAAUUUGUUCCAUUCCAGGAGGUAAAAAUCCAAGAGAUGGCAGAUCAGGUUCCCGUCGGUCAUAUCCCACGCACGCUCACCAUCCACUGCCAUGGAAGUCUAACACGACAGCUCAAUCCGGGUGAUGUUGUUGAUGUCGCCGGCAUUUUCCUUCCCACUCCCUAUACUGGAUUCAGAGCUAUCCGCGCCGGCCUUCUCACAGAUACAUACAUGGAAGCCCAACAUAUUACACAACAUAAGAAAUCCUACAAUGACCUCGGCAUGGACAGUCGGACGCUGCGCAAGAUUGAACAGUACCAGAAGUCCGGAAAUAUGUACGAAUACUUGUCCCGUUCAAUUGCUCCCGAAAUCUACGGUCAUCUGGACGUGAAGAAGGCUUUGCUGCUCCUGCUGAUUGGAGGUGUAACGAAGGAGAUGGGUGACGGCAUGCAUAUUCGUGGUGAUAUCAACAUUUGCCUUAUGGGUGAUCCUGGUGUUGCCAAAUCGCAGUUGCUGAAAUACAUUACCAAGGUUGCCCCACGUGGUGUUUAUACGACUGGACGAGGCAGUAGCGGCGUUGGUCUCACAGCUGCAGUCAUGAGAGAUCCAGUCACGGACGAGAUGGUGCUGGAGGGAGGUGCUCUGGUGCUCGCAGACAAUGGUAUCUGCUGUAUUGAUGAAUUCGACAAGAUGGACGACUCUGACCGAACCGCGAUCCACGAAGUGAUGGAACAACAGACAAUCUCGAUCUCCAAAGCGGGUAUUACAACAACGCUUAAUGCUCGCACUUCCAUCCUGGCAGCAGCCAACCCGCUUUAUGGGCGGUAUAACCCACGGGUCUCUCCAGUUGAGAACAUCAAUCUGCCCGCUGCUUUGCUCUCGCGUUUCGACAUCAUGUUCCUCAUCCUUGAUACCCCAUCGCGCGACGCAGACGAAGAGCUGGCCAACCACGUUACGUACGUCCACAUGCACAACAGGCAUCCUGAGACAGAGGACGCUGGUAUCAUGUUCACUCCCCACGAAGUUCGUCAAUACAUUGCCAAGGCGCGCACAUAUCGACCGGUGGUGCCCUCGUCAGUUUCCGAUUAUAUGGUCGGGGCUUACGUGAGAAUGAGAAAGCAGCAAAAGAGCGAUGAAGCCAGCAAGAAGCAAUUUUCUCAUGUAACACCACGUACCCUACUUGGCGUCGUUCGUCUCUCGCAAGCUCUUGCCCGCCUUCGCUUCAGCGAGGAAGUGAUCAGAGAGGACGUCGAUGAGGCGCUGCGCCUGGUUGAGGUCAGCAAGGCAUCAUUGGCCAAUGAUGGCCAUUCUGGCGUGGACCAAAGCCCCAGCAGUAAGAUUUACAACCUGGUCCGUGGCAUGCGGGAGAGCGGUGCUGCAGCUGUCGGAGACGGCGAAGAGGGUGAACUCAGCAUGAGAAGGAUUCGGGAGCGUGUUUUGGCCAAGGGAUUCACUGAGGAUCAGCUCACGAUGGCGAUCGACGAAUACGAGGAGCUUAAUGUCUGGCAAGUCGUUAACAACGGAACGCGCCUCAUUUUCCUGGAUCUUGGCGAUGACGAGGCAAUGGAUAUCUAA